AUGAUGCCCCUGUUACGGUGCUCACUGCUUCGUCGUUUUCCGCGGAUCUUCGCCGCGAAUGUGAGAUAGUCAUCUAUUUUCAUUCUUAUCUGUUUUUGAUCCCUCCGCCUCUCCUAUGCCUUAUUUUGUCAGUUCAACUUUCAUGGUAGACGUUGGGCACCUAAACGGACAUUUUAUUGUAACGGCCUCAACCAGCAAAAAAUCACGGCUAUGGCGAAUUCCAUGCUCAGUUAGGUUUGGUGCUGGGUUGAGGGCUAUUGAUAUCUCUUGGAUUGGGGUAAGGUAUUAAGUUUACGUCAAGAGCUUAAGUAAGGCUGGGAUCGGCUGCAGCCGAUAUCGGCCACGGCAUUCUAGAUCGCGCUUUUUCGAUUGAUUGGAAACUCGGGUAGACAAUCUCUGGGAUAUUUGUAACAAAAACCCCUAAUCUAGCACUCUUCCGCGCACUGUCACUCCCUCGGCAAGCAACUGAAGGCCUCCCACGCACGUAUAUAUUGACCAAGUAAACAUGGAGUGAGGACAAGCCACAUUUCCGGUUCUACCGACGCAGGACGUGUGCUACACCAGUUGUGCCACCUUGUGGCUCUUUUAAGGCGUUUUCCCGUCCCUUUUGCAAUUUCUUCCUAAUUACAAACGUAGCUGAUUCCUUGGCGCUCAAGCGCGCUACAGAGAUUAACUUUGAUCAUGUGGACACCGAUAACUCCAAGUUCCCCAUAUGCCAACUUAAACCUUUUAGGGUGGACGCUGUGUCUCAAUACAAGUUCCCCAAAAAAUCCAACGAUAUCUUUCACGUCGACCCUCUCUGCUCCUAAAGUUUGCAGAGGGUAAGCAGGAGUCAAAAACGGAGCCGUCCAAGCAGUCGGCCAACUCAUCUGCUAAGAAGCCUAGUUCUCGUAUGUUAUUUUUUUGUUGUCCCCAUUGAAACUACUCGAACAUUCCAGCAAAAAUCGAAUUUCAAUUUACCUUCGGAGGCGGUGGGGGAAAUCAGUCUGGUAAGGGAACCCAGGGAGGUUGGAAUGUUGGCCCCUGGAUAAUCGUCGCAGCCAUCGGUGCGGGCGCACUCGCAGUUUAUAAUGCCUCGCGUUAUCAGAAGAUCUCGUGGAAGGAAUUUUCCGAAAACUUCCUGCAAAAGUAGGUCUGCAUUCAUCUUCUGUCUUUUGUUAUCCUCAUUUCUCUAUUCCCGUUUAAGGUAUCAGUAAAAGUUGAACUAAUUACACCAAUCAAGGAGAGCUGUUUGUCAUCUCAUUGCUGAAUGCGCGCAGGCUGGACCGCCGUCUUGAUCGAUGUGAUUGUCACCCAGGAAUUUUUAAUUGCUUCUAGAUAACCUGGAAACCUCUCAUGCCGAAUACAUAUUUUCAGUCAGGGUUAUUAUAAUAUUUCAUGAUAACUGCCAGACCUAGGACUCAAACGAGCUUGUUUACUUUUUGUCUUUUAACUUACUCCAGAAAUACAGAUCAGCGCAGACGUUUUCAUAUGAAAGUAUUCCGUUGCUUAGUGCCUCUGUGGACUUCCCGUCUUUGUAAUAAGUAUGCCAUGCUUCUCAGUGGAGCUGUCGGUGUGCCGUCAUGAUAGAUAUUUUGUGCUCCUUUUCGUGCUCGAGAGCUCACCUCCUUCUCAUCCCUUUGAAAAUGUAUGUUGUGUUCACCCCUUCCAUCAUUUUCAACUUCAGCAGAAAUUAUACAUCACAUUGCACCGAAAAUUGUCAUAGGCAUUCUUCAUCCUUUCUUGUCGGACACAGUGGAGAGUGCUUGUACCUAGUACGGUUGCGACCAUGCCUGCUCCCGCCGGCCUCGACGACGUCACGAACUGUAUCCCUCCACGCUUGACUAUCCGCUGCAGCAGGUCUGGACAGCUCAAAUCAUCCCCUUCGCCAGCUACCGUUACCGAAUACCGAAGUCCGAAGAACCGCUUCCAUGUUUUGACGGACUGUGUCAAGCCAGGUUUUGAGUUGAUCCCUCCUUAAACGCCUCCAAGUGGGUAACGCUGCCAAGUCGAAAGCAGCAAUACUGAGCUCGUGAGCUGAACGACAAAAACAUGCCCAAACCACUUCAGUCGUCUUUCUUGCGAUGUUGUCGCGAGGAGUGCGAGCUGUCUCAUUAGAGAUGAAUUCGGUGUACUUCGCUCGAAGUACAGUCUCCAAGCCAUAGUGGCCAAAUGCCUCCAGUCUUCGCUCAUCUCCCACGCAAAACCCAACAUUCUUAACCAUUAGAGAAGAACUGGUCGGACGGAUACACGGUGCACGCGGAUCUUGUGGCGAUGGAGAUCUCACGUUUGGCCCAUAGACACUUUCUAAGGCCUGAGAAAACCCGAUCUUCUCGGUCAAGUGUGCAGUUUGGAAAUAAAUUGGUCUUCCAUGCGUUUAUGGAUAGACCGACCGAUUUCUCGACCUCAUUCACCCGUGAGACCAUAGACUCUAGAUCGCCAAAGCUUGAAGCUAGCAAGGCGAUAUCACCAGCGUAGUCGAGAUCGGUCGGCAGCCGUCCCGGGUGAACUCAACACCGUAAACUUCCCAAGAUUCCAGUCAAUGGUGUAGUUGAACAGAAUGGGCGACGGUAAAGCCUUGUCGAAUGCCAGACCGAAUAUCAAACGGUUGGGAGGAAUCGUUAUGCACCAGAACUCGCGCUGUGGUGGAAUGGUAGUAGGCCUUGAUCACAGCGGUGACUUUGUCCGGUACACCAUCUAAUCCCAUUAUUCGCCACAGGCAUUCACAAUAGACGGAACCGGGCGCGGCGGCGAAGUCAACAAAGCAGACUGUUGUUGGUAGUUGGCAACAAUGGCGGAAUUCAAGGAUACGCCAAAGUGUGAAUAUCUAGUCUGCACAUCCACGCCCAGCUGAGAAUCCGGCCUGUUUUGACCUCGUCCUAGAGUCGCGCGCAGCCUGGAAUCGCCUGAGAGAAACAGUGGACAGGUUACAACUUCAAUCCCUUAGACCAAGCCUGUGUCUUUUUGUUCGCAUAGCCUGAUAGUUUAAAACACCACUUGACUGUCGAAGUUAAUAAUACCCCCACCAACUUGUCCAUGCGGCGUUCCCGAAUUGUCUUACGUCGCAGUGUCCAACUGCCGAUUUUAAUUAUCAUCAUGCCUGCAAUAUAUUUAUUACCUUGCGACAAUUCCAAACGUAAUUCCUUUAACUUUAGGGGCCGGAUCCACCACCUGGAGGUGAUAAAUAAAGAGUGGGUUCGUGUCUACCUACAGCCAAGUGGAACCGCCACCUCGCUAGACUCCAUGCAGAACUUUGAUAGUCCAGUGACUACUGGCAGUAGCCUACCCACGCGUGACGGUCCCGCCGAGGUAAUCUACUGGUUUGAGAUCGGCGCGGUGGACACCUUUGAACGCAGUCUGCGUGAACUGGAGACUAGCCUGGGUGUAGAACCAAUGAACCGCGUCUCCAUUAAUUACAAGUCCAAAAUGAGAACGUACGUCUUGCUCUGGCUUUCUCCUUUUACAUCUGUCCUCUGUCCCCUCAGUGCUCCAAUCAGCUAUAUUGCUUGUGUCCUCCUCCUCCUUGCUGGUUAUCGGAAGAAAAGUUAGCCUUAUCUUCUUGAUGUUUAUCGAUUUUUCGCUCGUGUUUUAGACCCAAGACCUGGUGUGGUUAAGAAUGUCAAAUUGCCUCCAACGUCUCAAAAGAUCAGCUAGUAAAACGAGUUAGGUUGGCAGUCAACCAUAUUUUGCAUGGUAGUCGUGUAGUUAUGCAAUUUCGUGCCUGACAUAUUUCUCUCACAACGUUGGUGUAAACCCCGACUUCCAUGGCUAAAUUUCAAAAAUCAAACAGCAUGAUUCCGGAUUAGCAGCGCCGUUCUAGACUCGAUUUUUCUACGUAUUUGGAUGUACUUUAUUCGGUUAGCAAGUGUUUGUGGGAUCAUACACAUAACUUCUUAUCACACUUUCCUACGGGCAGUUAGAUCAUUAAAAGCCGUACAUGUUUGUUCUUGCCUGGCCUAUCCUGCAGGCGUUGCAACAAAAUUCGAUCACGCUCGCAUCACACAGUCAUAUCACAUAGGUUUCACAUGGGUUUGUUCUAUUUCAUUCUCCUAGGUCUGAUUUCUUGUACAUGGGCUUCUACUUGGCCCUUAUUGGCGCUGCCUUCUACUCCUUCCGCUCGACAGCCGGUGGUGUUGUGCGUAAGGUAACGGCAACUCAUGUCUGAAUUUUGUCUUGCCUUCCCCCAGUCCACUUUAACGUCGCUGCAUCACUUCCCCUCUCGUUACUUUGUCCGUCAUAUGUCGUUGUUCCCAUCUUUGCCAGCUUCUUCGAUUCUCACCAUGAGCCCGAACUGCCGCGUGGUUGAGUUGCCACCAGACACAGGCCGCACACCGUCUUGUCUGUGGAGUUCACAUAAACUCGCAGUUUCUUGACAACUUCCCUUAGACGUUUGUAUUUGUAGGAGCUCAGUUUAAACUACUCAUUUUUUGCGAGUAGUGGCCUAAACACUCACAGAAGUAGACGCAAUGUCACUUCCUAAGCUGACAGCUUAUUGGGCCCGUUCUGAGGUGACUCGGCCCUGUUUCUAAUCCAGUCCGGUGUCCAGAGUGUGUUCUUUGUUCUUUGGCUAAUUAUGUAACCAGAAAUAGUGCCUCAAAGUGAACUUGAACCGCCGGCAUUUUAGUCUGCCCCGAAUGUGUAUGUGUUUACGGUUUCCAAAGAUUUUAUGGAUCAUCUUAUACCUUUGCCAAUUUUUGUGCAUGCCUGCUGUUGCAUGGCAACCUGCAGCAGUCUUUUGUUAGUCGGCGUAAAGAAUGUCGUUGCAGGCCUACAUGCAAAAUUCCCUACUUGCCAUUAUACUAGCUGAUUCCUGUGUCUUCCCAGCCAUAUGCCCUUUCAUUUCUAAUAUGCGUGGUUGUCAAUAAAGAUAUAUUCCCCCCCCUCCCCCCGAAAGCCGGGAAUGGGCUCGAGUCUCUUCAACUUUGGCCAGUCCCCAGUCCGUCUAAUCGAACGCGACAAGAUUGGCGUGAGCUUCGCUGACGUGGCUGGCUGUGAGGAGGCCAAGAUGGAGAUUAUUGAAUUUGUCAACUUCCUAAAGAACCCCGCUCGCUACGAGGCCCUGGGUGCCAAAAUUCCUCGUGGUGCCAUCCUCAAGGUAUGUCUUGGUUCGGCUCCCCCCGCCUGAGCGUUGUUAUUGGCGACUCGCCUGUUGCAGGUUUGCUGUCUUUGAUAGCUACUGAGUAGAAAUACUAAUUAUAAUAUGGGCAUUGCUUUAAAUGUCCGCUAGAUUCUACGUUUCCGUCCAAAUAUCAGCAUAGUAUUGUAAUAAAAACCGGAUACCCGAUAGUUAACGACAGGAUUCUUGGCUAGCUAUGCCCGACACCCUCCUCCUAGGUCUGCUUUCUUACGAUGGGGCCUCAAGCCCCAGACCGUUGUUUUCGAUGCUGUCCAUUGAGUGCUCCACAGCAGGGCGGGAGCAAGGAUAGCAGGCUUGCACAGAAUCUACCGCAUCCCCCCCCCUCCCCCAUCUGGGAUAAUGAUACCACCGACAGAGACAAAGCAGACUGAGAAAGCCCCUACUGGCUUAUUAGCCGCCAUCAGCCAGCAAUACCCAAUCCCGGAUUUCUGCAACCCCCGAGGCUCAAACCUGCGACCUGUUUGUUAGAUGUCCAACGCCCUAACCAUUGAGCCACGGGCUCGUUGUUCUAUCGGUUGCAAUCGGGUAUGUUAAAAAUGACAGUGGAAUGCUCACCGGUCGCGUUGCGAGACAUGCUAGUCCCGUUAUGUCUUGGGGCUUAGCGUCGAACCUAACCAGUAGCCGCUCAACAGCUAAUAUUAUGAGCAGAACGAUAUUACCAGCAAAGACAAGGGAAACUGGAAUGACCAUUUCUGGCUUACUAACCGUCGUUAGCCAAUCAUAUCCAAUCCUACGUUUGGGGGCAUCCGAGGUUCAAUCCCAGACUCCUUUGGUUAGUAGUCUAACGCUUUUAACCAUUGAGCCACGGGCUCGUUCAUGCAGUCGCCAUCGCGUAUCUAAGAUUAGAGGUUGCCCAUCAACCGCGCCGGUAGACCCGCUCGUUGGGGCUUGAUCUAGAACCCCGCAGGCGCUCGCCCUUGUUUUUAUCGGUAACCCCCUUCCGCUUAUAUAGCUAGUCGUUGUGCAACUGCUUUCGGGGCCCUAGAUUGAGCCCAAAGGCACAGCUGAACGACUAAGUGCCGUAACGCGAUCGCUGAGCGCCAUUGACGAACUCACCAAAGGAGUGGGCACGUGACAUCGGAUUGUAGUCAGAAUCUUGCCCGAUCGCCAGCAGCCCGGCUGGCGGGCUGGUAGAAUAGGAUCGAGUAAGAUUCCAACUAAAACAAGUGAGUGUCACGUUCGUAUUCCUUCGCCCUGUGUUUGUGUAUAUUACGGGAACUAGGCUAGAGCCCGGCUGCCCUGCUUCAGGUUAUUUCCCAUCCCCUUAACCCUACUCAGCCAAGCUACCCUACACCCACUAAGUGAGCCUUGUAGCCCUCUGGUGGAUUCUAGAUUAAUUACCUCAAAAAGCCUGCUUGGUCAGUCAGCUUACUGUGCCAGAUUUAGUGGAUUCCAUAGUUUGCAGUGGGCUGAGCGGGUAACUUGACCCAAACGUGAUUAAGCUCAGGGCUCCGGUGGCUGGAUCUAUGAAUGUACUCAAGCCUUGUCCUUGCUUUAAUGGGUUCGAAUCACACUGGGGUCGCCGAGUUUUGUCAUAGUUGUGUCAAAAUGAAUUAUUCAAAAGCUCCCAAAGUACCAAUUAAAUGACUAAUUAGUCAAGUGCCUAUCAGCAGUCAAACGCAGGAUAAUUGGUCACAGUUAUCCACACACCUUGACAUGUUUCCCCCACCGCCGACCCAUACAGACAACUUCUAAAAUUGCUCGUACUCGACGAGCUGACCACUCCUGUUUUGUACAUUCCAGCCGUGUGCAAACUUGUCGAAGGCAACUUACCAAAUCAUGUUAUGGGUAUGUUUGCUCUUCAUCUAUGACAGUCCGGCCGUCGGUUUCGUUGGCGUCAACCGUGUGCUCCACGGCAGGAUAAGAGCAGAGACAGUGACUUGCGUGUGAAUUAGUUUAUAGUGAGAGUAGACUUACGCAGCAUCUGCCGCCAUCUGUUUAGUAAAAAUAAACCCCAAGCCCUUGUGGGCUUUUGUCUACACUACUGUUGGCCGAGUCCACCUCCGGUCGUCUUGACAUUGUCUUUCCAUCGGCGGAACCUGCUUGUCGAGGGGAGAGAGAGAGAGAGAGAGUGCGGUAGGUGCUACGCCAGUCACCGCAACUGCGCACACUCCGUGGGGCACACCGUGGAAGUCAUCGCUCGCGACAGUCAGACUCUCUCUCUCUGUGUUGCGUUCGCUUUCGGCGACGCAGACGCGGAUGAUUCGGUUAGGAGACGUUGUAAUUGUCUUUCCCUUAUUCACCGCAGUUCUCACCUACUCUAACCUCUUGCAUAUGCCCUUCUUCCCUCCAUAAAGACGUAUGUAUCUGUCUUAUGUCCACAAAGGGCCCGCCCGGUACUGGAAAGACUCUGCUGGCCAAAGCCACCGCUGGCGAAGCCAACGUACCCUUCCUCUCUGUCUCGGGCAGCGAGUUCCUCGAAAUGUUCGUCGGUGUAGGUCCGAAACGUGUGCGCGACAUGUUCUCUCAGGCCCGUGCAAAGGCGCCCUGUAUCCUCUUCAUCGACGAGAUCGACGCCAUCGGUGGCAAACGCUCAGGCUCCUCGUUCGGUCACCAGGAACGCGAGAACACCCUCAACCAACUGCUCGUGGAAAUGGACGGUAUGCUCACAGCAUGCUUCAUCAGUACCUACUCGUGUUAUCAGUAGUUUGCCUGGAAGUUAGGCGUGUGCGAACAGGGACGUACUAGCGUGAUGAGACCUGAGUGGCUAUGUUGACGGUCCUGGCGGGGAAGGGGAGACCCAAGCGGUCCUCCGCCCUCACCAUCCGGUCGACCAUGAUGCUCUCGUAAUCUUCUCUCUGAUUGGUCGUCCUCUCCCACUCGCACACGAUUGACUCUUCACAUGCCUGGGCCAAUUCUUCUGGCUUCAGUAGUGUGGGUUGUACUGUUUUUUUUUAAUUUUCCGUAGCCUAUUUUCGGCAAUAUGGUUUUCCGUUAACCAUCCCCGUGUGCCACCAAGGCGGCAGUCCUCAUUCUUUGAAAAUGUUCUAAAAGCGCACCCGUGGAAAACCUUCCACCGCAAUUUUCUUUCACAGAUGUCUCAUACUUAAGGCUUCACAAUGACAUUGUGAGUAGACCAGCAUGGCGCAUUUGCUCAGGCCCUGAGAGUCCGGCUAUUUCAGUUUAGUGAAGAAUAGGCAUUUCGAACCUGUAAGCUCCACAGCACGUAAAGAAGAGGACCCCCCUUUUGUCUCGUGUUCUCAGCCCCACAGCGACAAUAUGGUGCUUGGUAUUUCUACGCUGAAUAUGUUAAUGGUAACGUUGGAGGUUUCUUGAGCGCCUCCUGAGCAGUGUCGCGGCAACUGUCAGCGUCCAUAGUCUGCUUCACAGGCAAACCGACUGGUGAGUUUGUGGUCAAUUGACUUUGAGCCGAAAAACCAGAUAGUCGGAAUCUGGGAAGGUAGGGAGUUCUUGAAAUGCGCCGGCAUCAACUCUUCCAUGUAACUAUUUACGGCAGAGUCCCCACCCUAUACCGGUCACCGUUGAAUUCUACUUUAGGUACACAGUACUUACAGUGAGUGACCGAUCUCAUGAAAUGUUGGCUGAAAUUCUGAAAUGCGUUUUCGGUUAGGAAGGAUUACUUGAUCGCGGUUGUAAUAUUUAUUAUCUUAAGGCAUACUCUUAUAACAUUUCGGACUCGGCAGGAUGUCGGCUUUUAAAUGCUAUUCUUUUCAAUCUCCUGUAGAAAGCGUGCUCGGUAAAAAAUGACUACUUAAGUAGCAUGCAUUUUUCCCAUUGAUUUUCGAUGGUCUUGCAAAUUCAAAUAUAUUUUAUAGAAACCACAAACAAAAAUAUGCUUUAUUUUACUCAAUCAAUAAAGGAUCAUGUCUUCUUUAUAUUUGAUGCUUAAGGAAGGAGUACAAUUGGGUUUUAAGAAGUUUCUAAUUAUGAGAUUUUUUAAGACCGCGAAAUGUCCAUUCACAUAGCAUCGUACGUGGACGUUUACCACUGCUCCUCAUGAAAUGUACAACAUGGUCCGCAUCCAUUGCAAAAUUUUAUGGAUUCCACAUGGUAUCUUUCUAAUGGCAUAGAAAAAUAUGUGAUUUUCUUUACGCGAAACGCAUGCUCCUUGUAGACUGUAAUCAGUAAGCGCUAAUGCAACGAAUGAUCAGGCUCCAAAUUAUUCGGUAAUUAGAAAACUUUUUUAAAACCUAAUUAUACUCCUUCCUCAAGUAUAAAAUAUAAAAAAGACGUGAUUCUCUAUUGAGUGACUUAAAGAAAGCAUAUUUUUGUUUAUGGUUUCUAUAAAAUAUAUUUGAAUUUGCAAGACCAUCGAAAAUCAAUGGGAAAAAUGCAUGCUACUUAAAUAGUCAUUUUUUUACCGAGCACGCUUUCUACAGAAGAGUGAAAAGGAGUGCAUUUAAAAGCCGACAUCCUGCCGAGUCCGAAAUGUUAUAAGAGUAUGCCUUAAGAUAAUAAAUAUUACAACCGCGAUCAAGUAAUCCUUCCUAACCGAAAACGCAUUUCAGAAUUUCAGCCAACAUUUCAUGAGAUCGGUCACUCACUGUAGGUUGUGGCAGAAAAGCAAGCACUCCAAUCUUAAUUCUUUUACGGUCACUUAUAGCCACGGUCGAAAAAUUUUAAGUUAACGCUGCGAUCUGGGGGAGGUAGGAAUCUCGAACUCCUUUCAGCUAGAUUGUCCUCCCCUGGUACACAUCCUCCAUUUUUGUUUAUCUUGCGUCCCCCCUCUUUGUUUCUUUACCUCUUCCGUCACUGUUGCUGCUGCUGUCGCCACCAAAAGGGUUUACAACUCAGGAAAACGUGGUGGUUCUGUCUGCCACGAAUCGCAUUGACAUCCUCGACCCGGCUCUCCUGCGUCCGGGCCGCUUUGACCGUCAAAUCUACGUCUCCCUACCCGACAUCAAGGGUCGAGCCUCUAUAUUUAAGGUGAGUCCCACUCUCGAGUAUCACCAGUCUCACUGAGUCCUCAGCUUGUUUCCUCUACCCAGAGAGGUCCCAAGUCGUGCUCCUUUGAUUACGCCGGAUGGGAAACUUAGCGCGUCAGUGUAUUUAGCUCACCCUGCCUGACCGUAGCCUUUAGCACCUUUCUCUCGAGCGCCCAAAUCGCCGCGUUUACACAGUGUUAGCCAAGGAUUUUAACACUGGCUGCCGGGCCUCGAGCAUACGACGAACGGACAACUGACUACAAGCCAAGUGCGAAGUGCGCGCGUCCAGUGAAGAUGAAACUCCCGUGGGGUAAUGUUUACAGGCCUGUUAGUUCCGGUUACUGCUGCGCCAUCCAGAAAGGUUUGCGGCGAGAUGGAUGGUAAAAGGAUCCGGUAGGCCGACUCAGAGGGAGGGAGGAAGGGAGGUUGAGCAUUCGAACUUUCGGAUUUUUGACUCGAUCCAAGUGGCGCAGCAAGCCGGGAAGUGGCAGCAUUUAAAUGCCUACUCCGAUUUGAGGUCUCUCGUUCAGAAACAAGAGUUCUAUCCAAAUGACACGGCAAACACGAUGAAACUGGUCUGACCGAAUGAAUCUGCCAAGGACCCUCUGGGGGACUUCCAGCUAGGAAAUAUUUAGUGGCAGGUAAUCGGAGGGGGCGAUACCGACUGUGAAUUAAUCGCAGUAUUUGUAUUUGCUCAAAUUUUUAGAAGUGUUUACGCGCUUCUUCAGUGCUUUCCUAUCAUAUCAACGAACUUAAGGUGGGCUAAGGCCAUGUAUGUAGCGCCAUGACCUAGCCGCUAGAGAAAAAUCCAAAUUAAUCUAAAUCCGCGAAUACAAAAUUAUCGUGGCCACAAGUGUGUACAGCGAUUAAGAUACGAGAUAACUAAUCCUUCACCAUAUACUGUUUUUUUGCGUGAAAAAUCUUUGGACAGGCUCUAAUUUUUCGCGAUCACGGGUGCGAUCAGGCCAAAAAGAACUGAUCCGCACUCCACCAUAGACUAAACUAGUGUUUUGAGGCGAAUGGUCGCAGCAGACCGCGUGUAAAAUUUUCUAUCAUGAAAUCUACAUGUCGUCUGAACUGGACUACAGCAAAAUUACCACGCCGGUUAGGGGGGUGGGUGAAAUCAAAGAUUGAUGGACCAAAUUAAAACAGUCUUCUCUAAGGCGGAGGUAUCUAACUGUGGACUCAUCACUGAAUAAAAAAAUCCCGAGAGUCAGGAAGAUUUCGAGCCAGCCACAAGCGCAUCGGUAUCAGGAAAUAGACCGAAGGGACCCGUACGGCCGCAAAAUUAUUUAAGGAUUUAAUUUCUGUCAUGUACGAAAGGGAUCUAAAGAGACGGGCACAUCGGCGUGACCAUCUCCGCUGGGCCUAUUUAAGACAUCCAAUCGUUCGCGUAGAACUGUCUUGACGGAAAAUACAAUCAGGAAGCAGUAACUACCGGUUUCCAGUCCGGACGUCAAACGACUGAAGUAGUCAACCAAAGAUAGGGAGCCUUGAUUUUGAAUUUCAAAAUGAAUCUGGGAAUUUGGAAUCUUCACAGACCGCUUUAUUAAACACUUGAGGCCUAGGGGCUGAACUAUAAAGGGAGGCUAAGUAGUUAUUUAUGAAAGUACCGGUCAACAUUCGGAUGGCGAUGCGCGUAGCCAGGGAUACGACACACCGCGUGCCGUGUCUGAGGUUCUGUCGUCACUGUCAUGCCAUGCUUUCCUCCGCUGGGAUCGUAGGCUCUUGGUAAUUGUCCGUCCCGUAAAUAGCGUUUUGAAGGACGUGCGUGUUUGCGUGUGCAGGACUCGCUCGACUUUUGUGUGCGAGUGAUGGUCAGUGUAAAGCACGAAGGUCUGUGUUCUAUCCUCUACCAAAUCGUUUCCACUUCGUGUCUCGGUUGCCCACUGACUUGCGUACCAUACUUCUCUUGAUUGUUAUGUGAGUGUCGUCAGCAUGUCGGUGCCAGAGCACUGAUUUACAUUCCUGAAAGGCUCGCGUAUGAUGGACUGAAAAUCCAGUCCGAAAGCGUAUUCUAAACCGCUAUUUUUCCUCUUCGAAUCUCCCCCUUCCCCUCCCCCCCCCCACACUUUGGCGCACCUCAGGCUUAUUUACUAUCGUGAACCAGCUCAACCGCCCUAGAGAUGGGGGGGCGUAUUCCAAUGCCCCAACUUAUGAACUACGGAGCCAGUCCGUCUCAUUCGGUUCGUGUGGAUGGCUGACGUUCAUUCACAUGACCCGCUUACCCUACUGCAUAUGCCAACUCUACUUAGGGGCAUUAUUUGCCGUUGGCCGCGGUCGAGAUGAAACUGACCGCUCAAGCACACCGCAUCGUACCGUCAUUGUUUGCCACAGCGGGGGGGGGGCAGCAAGUAGAAAUCAGAGUCAGUUAACCCCUUCUUGUAAUCCAACAGGGUCGAUGAACGCAGCUGUCGCUAUUAACUAAGUCUUCAACGCAACGUUCAUAGGAAAGCUCAACAGGCCAAAAGCCAAUACUUCCGACUCAAGGGCUUCAAAAAAGUGCGCAUGCGGGGCUGAGACUGCCAGCGCAUGUUUCCUGAGUUACGUCCGCGAAUGUCGACUAUCAAUUGCGCCACCAUUUUGGGCACCUUGCUUCAGGCCUCGUUUUCAUAUUUGCUAACGGUCAGUGACAACACACUGGAGGGAGGAAUCUUAGUGGCUAAUAAGAACCAAACAGAUACAUGUAGUUGUUCUUCCUGGGCAGUAUUAGUUGAAACGUCACCAUCGAGGGCUAUAGCAGGUCCUUUACUUGAGGUAGAUCGAGCCGUCAACCUAUCCGAAGAGUCACCGAAGUUGUCCUGUAACUGUGACAUUUUUGGUUUAAGUAGAAUAUACUGUGAGGAUUAAGUAACUGAUUAGGAUACGAAGCUGGAACACGGGCUUUAUUCGCCUGACGUUUCGGAUUCUCGCUUGAAUCCAUCAUCAGUGCCACUGUCUCUGAAUGAUGGGUUCACGUGAGAAUCCGAAACGUCUUGUUCCAGCGAUCGGUUCUUCUUCUGAUCUAUUAGUUUCUGGAAUUCGCAUCUUCGUUUGUGUCCAAUACGUAACUGUUACCGGCCAUGACACCUCCCCAUCUAUUUCUUACCUGCAGCAGGAUUCGGUUUAUACGCAUUUCGGCAGCCGUUUCUCAACCAACCACUUAAAACCCAUUUUUGCGGAAAUGGCAGCUUGCGCUCUCUGAUAUUGUUAACUGCUCGUCGUCAAUCAAGAUCGACUGGUUAACAACCCCCAGUAAUUUCUGUCGUGCUCGCUUGAGCGCGCAGCGUUAAGUAGAGUUGCACUGUCCCCGGGGGUGCUCACACCACCGAACUCUACUCCCUCUGGCUAACCGGUGACCGUCAACUGCGAGUUUUAGGCGCUCAGCUAUUGCCCCUGUUUCGAGGGGGGGAAUACUCCAGCUUAAAUCAUUGCUGCCCCUCUUGCAGACAUGGUAGUCCUUCAGGUUCUAUCGCCGGUAUCUUGCCGUCCACUUAAUCAUUUAGGUUAGUCGUGAAAAUCCCUCUUUUGCCUCUGCCUUCCAUUCCUACCGUUCAGUUAUUUUGUUACCGCCCCAAGGCAAUUAUCUUAUGGGCGUGCCCAUAAAUGUCAAAACAAGCAGGAUUUUGAUCACACAACUGCCUCAAAGGAAAUAUUCAGUUUGGUGUCAAUUUUCUCACCAGCGCCUACCGCCUGGUCGUUUUGCCAUCAGAAUUUCCACAAAGCCACCAUUGGAUGUGCUCAUUAUAUUCGAGGCAGGCAAGAACUCUCUCGUAAUUCGGGCGUAAAUCGGACUUUUUCACUUCAAGUUAUCCGUUAUCCAACGCUCUUUUUCUUGUCCCCUUCAGCUCUUGGGAUUUAGGCAUCUCAGAACUCAUAAAUUCGACGAAUUGCCUAUUUCGUGCGUCAGGGAAGCAUGUACUAUGAAUUUCAGCAUUGAAACUUACACAAAAUGCAUUUUUGGGAGAUUGCUGUACAGUGUGGUUUAGAGUACUGCUAAUCGAUGCGAACUCCCCGCGUCCCAACUGUAACCUCUAAUGCAGCACAGGCUCAGGGGUGCUGAUUCUUCGUCAUCUUCCUUGGAAAAUCAAGAUUUCCAGGCAGAUUCCUUCCUGCCCCUUCUCAAACGCUUGCCCACAUUGACUGAUCUAGGGUACUGACAUCAAGCCUGUUAGGCAUGAAAAGUGUAUGGGUGGUCCAUGUGGCUCCUCUGCUGCAUGUGAUAUCUGAGCCUGACACCAUCACGGCGUGCCAAGUGCCGUGGCCUGGAAGGUUGCCGAGUGACGCCCCAAAUCAGUCCGUCCAGUCUGCCCAGUUGUGUGUAUGUGGGUAUGUGUGGAGAUGCGGACCGGUUGGCUGAGAGCCAGGCCGAAGCGGCUCCUACUUAACGUGACCUACAGCACCCUCACGCAUGUAAGAUGUACGCCGUCAAACCCCCCUUGUGUGAAAUCCUGGUGCUUCUGUUUGGGGGGGGGGGGGGGCAGGCCGUGUAUUCGUCGCGCGCAGACAUACAAGGUCACUAGACUACGUCAGCCGCUGCACCCAUUCCCCGCACCAGUCAACUGAACGGCUCGGGCGGUGGCUGGGGCCUGGGAAUGGGAAGGGAGAGUGAGGUCGGCGACUCAGCACAUUUUCCUCACUAUAAACAAUCUGACGCGUUUUAAGCUAUCACGGUGCGCUAAAAGCCGUGGUUGGAAUGUUACCAUCCGACAGGAUAACUUAGACCUCUCAGUCGGCCCAGUGCGUGUUUGUGUGUAGCGGCCGACUGGUGGCCUGGGUGUCAGACUGCAAUGCUCUUUCGUAAUGUAGCCUUUAUCGCACUCCCAUUCUGUGGUAUCUAAGCCGUCCCCCUCCCUCCACUCUUCUAGUUUGUGUCUAGAAUUCCGGUCAAGUUCUUGUUGUGGACCAGGGUGUAUGGUGGUCCGCCCAGGUGUCUGCUCUCACCUUGCUGUGGAGCACACGACGAACAUAGUCGAGAUCGACUGUCGAGUUGCAGUGUGAUGAGCCGCAGCUAGCAUAUCGUUGGUAGUGGUUCAUAACUCUGCGCAAAUGCACUCAUUUAUCCACAAACUCUAUUCCUUUCCCGCUUACACGUCUUUGACAUAGGAGUCUAGGCACUGCACGCACGCGCCCAUCCCUACCAGUGGCCACAGAUGUAAGCCAACGAGCCCCACUCUGAAUUAACGUUUUCCUUUGGGAUUCUGCGAUGCUCACGAUUAGUCAUUUAAGCCCUCUUGUUCAGGUACACUUGAAACCUCUGAAGUCCUCCCUGGACAAGGUUCAGCUGGCUCGCCGCAUGGCCACUCGCACCCCCGGCUUCUCCGGCGCCGAUAUCGCCAGCGUUUGCAACGAGGCGGCCCUUAUCGCCGCUCGCCUCGAUGCCAAGUCGGUCGAGCUUACUCACUUCGACAGUGCCAUCGACCGUGUCAUUGCCGGCCUGGAGAAGAAGAGUCAGGUAUAAGCCCUUCUGCGCAUACAUUAUAUCAGAAACAUUUGACGUUCAUAAAAUUCCGAGUGAAGCUAAUUCAACCAAGUUUAGGGUGCCAAAAUGCUUCAAUAACGAAAUGAAUAAUCUCUUUGGACACUUCAGACCCCCUUAGACUGAUGAGCAUUCGGGGUCUACCAUAAAAAGUGACAUUUGAUGACCGGAACCCACUAUUCCAGACUGCACUGCUCUCGAACCCUUUACCUCCACCAAAAGAGAGCUGGGCGGAGGGUCAUUUGGGCUCAUAUUACCACUAGACUGAAACCAGCAGCCGCCGCUUUCAAAAUGGGUUUGGAGCACGACUAGGUGUUUGCCGCCAGCCUAUGUUUCACAAACUAUGCAAAAGUCUUGCAGGACCCAUGUCAACUUGCAGAGAAAAACUACCACGCCUACGCAUACCAGAUUUUAGCGGGCGUCGGAAAGCUCUCAAGGGGGUCCAUUGGUGGACCAGUCGAUAGGCUGAAUUCCUACCAGUCGUAUCGCGCGGCUACUGCUUAUCGGCGGACCCUGCUUGCCCUUCUGAAGGACGCCCGUCGAGGUACCAUUCAGUGUUACUGUUUAGUCGUCCUACCAAGCGAAAUCAGAACCAUACAUACUGGUUGCUGAUUGUGAGGGUUCAAGCACGAUCGAUAAGACGUGACUAGAGCAAGCACACCCUUCAUAAUAUUCAAAAACGGAUUCUGAGCGCCACUGUCACCGACCCAUUUUUCGCAUUCCACCGUGCAUUCCACAGGUCCUCCAGCCGGAAGAGAAGAAGACUGUGGCUUACCACGAGGCGGGCCACGCGGUGGUCGGUUGGUUUCUCGAGCACUGCAACCCCCUUCUCAAGGUCUCCAUUAUCCCUCGAGGCAAGGCCCUGGGCUACGCGCAGUACCAACCACGGGAUGCCUACUUGCACACCCAGGAGCAACUGCUAGACGAGAUGUGUCUGGCGCUAGGCGGUCGUGCCAGUGAGCAGGUCUUUUUCGGCAAAGUGGGCAGUGGUGCAAUGGACGACCUACAGCGUGUCACUCGCAGCGCCUAUGCCCAAAUAGUGCAGUUGGGUUUCAGUCCGCGAAUCGGCAACGUCAGCUUUGACCUACCCCAGCAGGGCGACAUGGCUCUAACCAAGCCCUACUCGGAGCAAACGGCGCAAAUGAUUGACGAGGAUGUUCGCGACAUGAUCGCUAAGGCCUACAAACGGACAGUGGGGCUCGUGGAGAAGCACAGAUCCCAAGUGGAAGCGGUGAGUCUGCGAGAUCUAUGCGGUGAACUUUCUAACCUUUAUUCCCAAAUGUUUUUACCUGGUUACUGCUCGUGUGAGCUGUUGACUGUGUCUAUAGUUGCAUUCUCCUGGGGACUUGUGUGGAGAUGGCUAUUUUAUAUUCAGUGAACUCAAGAACCAUCGUGCGGAUACCUUUCCGUUUCAACUUACUGUGGUGUAUUUCCAUUCCUUUACAAAGUUUUCUGGAACAUAUUGUUUGCGGAAUGCACCUUUUGAGAUUCCCGCCGUUGUUUUGUAAGUCCAUUGUAGCAUACUGGCCUUGAGCCAGCGACGUUAACUUGUACCUUCGGUUUUCUCACUUGAUUCCCUGAUCAAUGGGGCAUUACCCCCGACUCCAGUUCAGACAAUAAUUCAGUACUCUGUAUACUCGUUUGCUUAGUAGUGCUAUUUCAGUAUACCAGACAAGCUCAACUCGACUGCCUUUUGCGCCCCUCUUGUCCUUACGAAGUCGUAGGCGAACUGGACGAUUGCUGGCGUAGACAGACGCCAUUAAGGAAGACGUCUGAUCUUCGGUGUGUUGUUUCUAACUAUGAGGCUAACUAUAAAUGCUGCAGUAGUAGCGUCUUGCACGAUCGGGUGUGAGAGUCGGCUUAGUUGAUGCUGAUUAGAAUCCCAAGAAGUCCGGGCACUUCCCGCGUCUUUUGAAUCCUGUGCCUAAAUUUUGUCGAUGUCACUAGAAGGAAUAGUACGUCGGAGGACGUUGCGCUACCAUCUCCGGUUCUUACUAUUGUCUAUCUCAGUCGCAUGUCACUGCAAGCUCGUGUUUUACUUUAUCCAUGCCCUUCAAAAUCAGCCCAUUUACCACUCAAAUCGAUCGAAGCUUACCUCCAAAGACACAUUAUAUUGUCUACACUCAAGCUUGCCUCCUAAGGCACUUGAUCCGAGUUCCACCCUGAGCUGCUUGCUGGGGAAAACGGCUUAUGAUUUAGGAAUGUGCCUACACUGGCGUCUACUCUUGUACUUUCUUACCUGUACAUGGUACGGCUGUAACCAUGCCUGAUUUGGCCGGCCCCAGCGGCAUGGCGGAUUAUACUUUUCCGCGUGCGCUCAUCUGUGGCAACAGAGCUAAAUCGCGCGACCCACUAUCUCCAAUGGCAGAGGCCGAAUACCGAAGGUCCGAGAACUACCCCUACGUCUUCACGGACUGAGUUGUGCCGGAUCUGACCUGACCUUUUCGACGCCUCCGGAUGCGCAGUGACGUCCGGAACCACCUCAGUUGUUUUUUCCCGGAUGUUACCGCAGCCAAUUCGGUUUGUGGUAUUCGAUGCGAGGACGUUGUACUUCACUCAAACGAUGGUCAGACACCUGCAGUCCCUCCUCACGCACAGUCCAGCAUUCAGAACCGUGCGGGAGGGGAGGCUGACCGAACAGCUGCCGGGCACAUUGCAAUCUUUUUGAUGAGGAAGAUGUCCCAUCAUCUGCUGUUGUCCUGUUUGUGUGUUAGGACCACAGAGUACAUCAAACGGCGUUACUCAAUGCGGCUUACUCUUGGUGGUCGUGGUUUUAUGUUGCUGCAUUUUCCCUUCUGUUUUUUCCUGGCCUUAUAUGCCCUCCUAGGCUUUCCUUCGUAGGCGCCCUAGCCACCUGAGCCAGAACGUUCCUGUUUUAGUCGAUUUACCUUUUCUUGUUUGCGGAGUAAUCCUUCGUUUUCGUACUUAGCAAAUAUCUUUCAAUCAAUUGGCUGAUUGCGAACCUCUGCUCCCCGAAUUCCGAUAAGUAUUCCAAUCAGUAUCGUAUAGAGACCGUCCAUGUUAGUUUCCUGAUUAAAGGACUGAAAUUAGUAGUACUUCCGUUUUGUUUUUGUGUCCCGGUCUAGCGCCCACGCAGGUGAUUAUAGCCUGGGGUUUGGAGCGUCUGACUACGCCAGAAAUGGCCAUUCCGGUUUCCUUAUUUUGUCUUUGCCUUUUUACUGACACAAUGUAAGUAGCACAUUUGUUCUCGAAUAUUUCGACCUACAAUCAAGGCAAAACGAACCUCACACUCAAAAAUUUGGGCUUUCAUCAGUUUUGCAUCCUCCCACACAAAAUAUUCUUCUUUUUAAGCAUUUUUACAGUGACGGCUAACCAGCUCCCUCUACCACUAACCUCGGCGCAUUGCUAAGCCUCUGUUCACAACUUUUUUUCAAAUGAAUUUGUUCUAUUCCCCGAGGUUAACCCGAUUCCGAUAGCUGGUAAGAAAAGUGCUGAUGGGAAUGUGCGUACCGUGUUGUCCUGCUUAACGUUUUGUGUUGUAGUGCUUGUUAAAGAUGGUCUUUACCAUCAGUCUAGAGAAAGAACACCAUUCAUGAGAACUAACGAUGGUUUGCGAGUUGUAGUCCUUAAAAUUCGUUUGUAAACUGACCCUUAACGCAGGUGCUCACCUGUAGUCCCUUCGUUGUCUUCUCUGAAGACCAAAGCUGUGCCAUUAGUUGUGCUUUCAUAGGGAUCGGACCACAAUGAGGAAAAUCUGCGCAAAAUCUGCAUCAUUGCGUCUUUCAAUUCGCCCCACCAGCGGCCGUAAAUCAUGCUGCGGCAAUGCCUUCAGGCGUGACUGGGAAACCAUCUUGUAAACCCGUAGUCUGUAAAAAGUUUACAGGACAUAGCGACAUUGUGACACGACGAAUAUUGCCAGCUCUCCAACAAAACUCCACCUACCAUUCAGUCCAGUUUUGGAAUCUUAAACCGGUGUGCCUCGAGUCCGGGAAGUAUAGGAUGCCACGCGCUCAUCUGGUCGACCGUCCACGUCCGUUGCCGUCUGAGCCACGGUUCGGUCGUUUUUUUGACGAGCUGAAGGAGGUGGUCCUCGCGCCGUGGUCUGACUUGCAGAGGAACAAUGAUGCUCCCUGUCCAACAAAAAAAGUGUGGCAAGACAGUCUAGAUUGUGGUGAUCGACCCGUCAGUUGUCUAGCUUACUUGCGUCACAACGCUUGCCGGCUUCUCUUACUAAUGAACCGGACAGCCUGCCUGGUAUGGUAUACGUAUUUUGAAGUAAACUGACAACCAUGCUCCGUCCUUUAGUCAGUAAUAUUUCCCAUUUGUUAAUUAAGCCUCCUCCCCUCCCUUCCAAACACUUGAUUCGCGGCGUAAACCAUCUCUCAGGCACCGACUGUCAAACCCGCACGCACGUCCUGUCGCCAUGUUCCCCCGUGCUGAAGUGGGUAGUUCUCUACUCUGGCUGUGGACUCCACCACAAUGUGCUCUAACGGUCGUCACUACUUGUCUGAAUAUUUGACCUCAGCGUGAUGGUUAGUGCAUUCGUAUUUAACUUCUCCUCGCCGGCAUCUGAGAAGGUGUAUUUCCUCCUCAGUCUGACCCUUCCCACUGGAAAACGGUUCCAGGAAACUGACGUCGUCCACCCCUUCAAGUGUGACCCCCCUUGUUAGUUCUGCCUGUGAUGUGAAUGGCCCGCAUGCGCACAGGACAGCCGUUUCUAUGACUGUUUCUCCGUUGCCACCUCUUUGAUCGUGUCUGAUCUGCCCGGCUUACUUGCCAGACGGUGUUUCGUGAACUCUCCAUGCGGGCAGGUCCCAAACAGUAGUUAGGGUUACUUGUUCUAGGUUGUCUCCUGACGUUAUGGCUGGGUAGGAGCAACCGGCAUGGUAGCAGUGUUAAGUUGGCAGUCGCCGUCUCCCGGUCUCUGCAGUACUUUGUUUGACGGGCGACGUUUCAGACCUUAGCUUUUCGCCUUUGCUGUUUCAUGAAUACUUACCCGGCAGACCUCACAGACUACUCAUUAUGUAGCCAGUUUUUUCUGGGGGUCGUUCUACUACUCGCCACCCCCGUACAGGCAGGCCCGUUGUUCUUUGCUCUUUAAGACCGAAACGGUUGACCGCACAGCCUACUUUGCACACUGCCUCGACUUAAGAAGGACCUGCAAAGACGUUCUCCAUAACGCCACGCAGGCUGCUGCCCUGUGUGAGUCGUUAUGCACCGGGCACCAGUGAGAUCGCACUGACACCUGCCAGUUUUCUCGGCGCAGCAUAUUGCGUCAUCAGUCGAAAGUUGUUGGAAAGUUUUCCACACGUCGCGUGCGCUGCCUACUGACUGUAAUUUUGCGAACUUCGUUGGGUUUAUCUAGAAUUCCUGGACACGAUUUGCUAUGCAGUGCGUGACCGAUCUUAUGAAAUGUUGGCCAAAAUUCUGAAAUGCGUUUUCGAUUAGGACGGAUUGUAAAACUUAUUAUCUUUCGGCAUAAUCCUAUAAUAUUUCGGACUCGGUAGGAUGUCCGCUUUUAAAUGCACUGCUUUUCAAUCUCCUGUAGAAGCCGUACUCGGUAGAAAAUUACUACUUAAGUAGUGUGCAUUUUUCACACCGAUUUUCAGUGGUUUUGCAAAUUCAAAUGUAUUUUAUAGAAUGCGCGAACAAAAAUACGCCUCCUUUCAGUCGUUUGAUAGAAAAUUACGUUAUCUUUAUUUUUUAUGCUCGAAAAGGCGUAUAAUUAGAUUUUUUAAAAGUUUCUAGUUAUGAGACUUUUAAGACCGUGCAAUGUACAUCCAUACGGCAUUGUACCUCUCCGUUUACCACUGCUCCUCGUGAAAUAUGCAACAUGGCCCUCAUCCAUUGCAAAAUUUUAUGGACUCUAUAUAGUAUCUUUUUAAAGGCGUAGAAGAGUAUGUGAUUUUCUUUACGCGGAACUCCUUUACCUUGUAGAAUGAAAUCACUAGGCGCUAAUGCAACGGGUGAUUAGGCCCCAAAUUAUUCGGGAUUCAAAAAACUUCCUUAAACCUAAUUAUACGCCUUUUCGAGCAUAAAAAAUAAAGAUGACGUGAUUUUCUAUCAAACGACUGAAAGGAGGCGUAUUUUUGUCCGCGCAUUCUAUAAAAUACAUUUGAAUUUGCGAGACCGUCGAAAAUCAGUGUGAAAAAUGCAUGCUACUUAAGUAGCAAUUUUCUACCGAGUACGGUCUCUACGGGAGAUUGAAAAGCAGUGCAUUUAAAAGCGGACAUCCUACCGAGUCCGAAAUAUUAUAGGAUUAUGCCGAAAGAUAAUCGGUAUUACAAACGCGCUUAAGUAAUCCUUCCUAAUCGAAAACGCAUUUCAGAAUAUUGGCCAACACUUCAUGAGAUCGGUCACGCACUGUAUGUUGGUGAUGCGUUCACUGAUCGGGUCACGGCACAUGCUCAUCCCUUUGUGCUUUGGGGCUCUCACCUGGGGUUGGGUAAGGCUGGCUGAUGACGGUGACCAAUAAGCCAGAAAUGGCCACCCCAGUCAGUAAUCUCCUGCUUACUUUACUGACACUUUGACCGUCGUUUUCGAACAUGUCAACCGUGUGCGGUCGGAGGUGGAGACAGUGACUUGCGCGUGAAUUCAUUUAUAGCGGUGGUGGACUUGCUCUGCGCCCAUUGCACUCGGUUCGGUGUCAUGACAGAGUCAAGAAGACCGGAGGCGGGAGAGCACGCAUGUGACUGGCAGGGCGAAAACCCGCACCUAAGCAUGCCAGCCUACCAGUCGGCUAGCUCACACAAACACACACUGGCCUGACCGUAAGGCCCGAGUUGUUUCGUCAGUUGGCAGUUGGUAGGUUCAAACGCGUCAGAUAGUUUUCAGUGAGAAAUACGCACGGAGACCCUCGACCUCACCCUCUUCUCCGGUAUCAGUCCACUGUUCGAGCCAGUCAGUUGUCUGAUACAGAAAGUGGGUGCGGUGGCUAACACUUGCUGCCCGUGGGACGGAGGUUGCGAGUUUUGCUUCUGUAUACUUGCAGAUGACAGCACUUCCCAGCAUUUGUUUAGGGCAGAACCUUCGAGAUCUUAAGGAGGCCAAGCCAUCAAUACUGUAUGUCAAGGGGCGCUUUUUAGCCCUGCAGUCGGCUUCUUCGUAGGACUUCCGGACACAGUGUUUCCCGCGACUAUCCGCGCUUGUUUUCCUGCAAUGGUUGCGAAGCUAGCUUGUCAGACUUGGCGUAUUAAUCUACAAGAGGGUAAAGACCCGCAGCUCACUUCUGGAAGCUACGUGCAUAGCGGUCCCAAGACGUGCGCUGCGCAUGUAGGGGACCUGCACUACUUAUCAGUUAGAUCAGAAUUAGCCUUGGAUCAUCGUCUACUAAUCGGUCAAGCACCACUUCCCCUACAAUAGGGACAUCGGAUACACGGCUUGCCGGUUGGCCUAUUUUCGGGCUGCCCGGUGGAUCCACUGGCGACGGAUGGUGGAAUUGCUCUCAUCAUAGCCUUACUCCUGGGUUUGGUGACUGAACUUCCACAUAGCAUCCAGCGAUACUACGUCCAGGCACGACUGGACACCAAUCUGACAAAUCGACUACCCAUAAAAGUCCGCAUUCUAGGGCAAUAUUACAUCAGGACAGUUUCCCGUCAUUCGGAAGGCCAUUGCCCGGUGAAUAAGGUCCAACCCAUAGGUCAGGGGGAGGGCAUUCACUGUAUAGCCGAUCUUCCUGAAAGACCGUGACUUAUGUCGUGGACCCGAAAGCCAGCCAACUCCGUACGAGUUGACUGACCUCUGUAGGUUUGACAUGUAUGUGUUUUCAGAUUUAACUGGCCACACCGCAAUCACUGACAGUGGGUGGGGCCCAAGUGACGAAGGUUAACAGAGCUGCUCGAGCCCAAAUUCUGUGAUUCCUCAACCUGCCUCUUUAUUCUCUCCUCCCAUCCCCUACCAGUUAGCCCUUCGCCUGUUAGAAAAGGAACAGUUGCAGAAGGAGGAUCUCAUCGAGGUGCUCGGGCCACGACCAUUCAAGGAGAAGAGCACUUACGAGGAGCUCGUCGGUUCAGGUAAGACGACUGGAUUACGUGGAACCUUAGAUAGCUCAGCAUACUAUUCUACAGGCCGGAUGUUUUGAUCAAAUUUGGCAGAGAAAGAGUCCUCUACAAUAAUGUUGUAGGCAGUGGUCGUUGUCGGUUCCAUCCGUUAUCUAGAAAGCCUUCCCUACUGUCAUGAAAUAGGCAUUGCAAUUUUUAGAACCGUACCAUACAUGGUCAGACGUGUGCCUAAAUUGAAAAACAUGAACUUGCUCAGCCUUCCUGUUCUUGCCGCAGUUAGUGGUCACUUUAUAUGGCGCAGGUCUUAUGACUAUCGUGUCCGGGGACUGUUCGAGUACGGGUCUCCGCAUCUAUAUGCCCUUGAAGUGGCAGAUCCGUAAUUUAUGUUUGGAAAUUCACAAGGACUUUCUCAUAAAGUCAGGGUAAAUUCAUGGAAAUAGUUCUUACAAACGUCACCCGGUCCAUGUAAAUGACGGUGUCGACGACAUUAAGCGCUGUCUAAGCAGUUGCCUCGUCUUUUUCAGCAGACUGGAAUUGUUGAGAAUUUAUGCUCUAAAACGUCGGUCUUGUGGUCACCCUCAUAAUCACGCCCUUUUUUAUCGACUGUAGGUUCUCUGGACGAGGACACAUCACUGCCACCUGGUCUAAAGGAUUGGAACAAGGAGCAAGAACCAGCGACCCAUCCCCCAGCAGCGAGCUAA